AUGGCGAAUGGACUUAGUGAAGAACCUCUUUCCAUCCCAACUCUUGGGAGGCCUUUUGACUUAGGUACGCUGUAUGACUGUAGAUCUGACAAAGUUUUGCAGGGGAUUACAUUGUGGGACCAAAAAACUCUGGAUAGAAAAAAGGUACAAAAACAUGAAUCAGCUGACUUUGAAAUCAUCACAUCUGAUACCUUUGAAGACAAGUCUUCUCCAUUGGAUAUCAACAGUGGCUUAAAACUUAGCUUUCUUGGAGGGAUGCUGGAUGUGUCUGGAUCAGGGAAAUACCUUAACGACAGAAAAUGCUCAAAUCACGUGGUAAGAGUAACCUUGAAGUACAAAUGCACAACUAAAACUGAAACAAUGACAAUGAAGCAGUUAGGGAAGGGAAAAAUUGAGCACCGAAAAGUUUUUUAUUAUUGUAGUGCCACGCAUGUUGUAACAGGAAUUACAUAUGGAGGCAAUGCUUUCUUUGUUUUAGAGAAGGAGUUAUAUGCAAAUUCGUUCAACAAAAAUGUUAGAGGAAAUCUUCAUGGUAUGGUCAAGUCCAUUCCAAACUUAAAGAUUAAUGGAGAAGGAAAGUUAGAUCUAAGUGAAGAUGAGAAAAAGGAAAUCCGGAAAUUUAGCUGCAGGUACUUUGGAGAUUUUUUACCUCGAGAAACCCCUUCAACUUUUGAAGAAGAUGUCCGUCUCUACAAAGAGAUGCCAAAUGUCAUUGGGCAAAAGGGAGAAAAUGCUGUCCCAGUUAUUGCACAUUUAUACCCACUUGCCAAACUAGACAGUAAGGCUCGUAAACUAGUCAGAGAUCAUUGUUGUUCUUGUCUCACGGAAACAGAAAAUUAUUUGGAGGAUCUGUAUAAACUGGAUGUGAAAUCCAAUGACCUCCUCAGAUCACAAGCAGUUAAUCAUUUUCGUGGAACUGAAGCAGAAAUUCAGAAAUUUAAAUCUUUAUUAGCUACUCACAAAUUUACAUUUCAGAGAAAGUUGGCACAAAUUCUUCCAAACAUCAGAGGUGGAAAUAAAGAGGAGAGUGAAGUACCAAUGAUCUUGAAAAAAAAACAAAAAAAAUUUCUCCAUUUCGGACUGAAGCCCUCAACAGCUGGGUGGAAACAUAAGAAAGCCAAGUAG